AUGGAUGUGGGAGGGUCCAGACCACUUUGGGUGGUGCCACCUCUGGGCAGUUGGUCCUGGGUUCCGUAUGAAAGCAGGUUGAGCGAGCCGGUUCUGUACUCCGAGAUGAGCAGGAAGAUCUGGAAGUUUGCUAAGGCUUCGCCCUCACCUAGACUUAUCCCUGAGUGGAAGAAUUUGAAAUCCUCCAUCCAUGAGAUCUUGAAGGAGAGUGAGGUUCAUGAAGAAGUCAGGAAAAAUGUGUCUGUCCUGAGCGACUUGCCCAAGAUCCUAUACCACGAGUCUUAUUUUUUACAGAAAACACCUUUCGUGAGCUUGUAUUCACUGGACACCACCUAUAUCAUCGCCUUUAACUGGUUGGAAUACUUUGAGAGACAGACACAUGCAGUAGUAUGGAUACAAGAAAAAGAUACAGAAGAGGAAAGGAAGCUCACAAAGAUGAAAUUCCCAUUGACAGAUGAAGUGCCACCCAUCGAGUCGAUGGUCCAUGUGGCAUCCUAUUGCCUGUUAAUAGUUUAUUGUGAAGAUAUGCGCCUGCGGCUCUUUGGAGACCACCACCAGGCGUUCAUAGCUCUGAGCACGGUGCCCUGUCACUUCUCCAUCAGUUGUCUCUGCUAUGACUCAGACACCGAGGUGCUCUUUUCUGGUACUAUGGGAGCUGUGGUUAUCUGGUUCAUUGUAGCUAAUGGUAAGGGCCUCCAGAUGGCUAACAAAGUGACCCUGAGAGGUUAUGAACUUGUACAGGACUUGCACAUGAGCCCAAGCCUGGGCUCCCUGAUAGCUCUGUGUGAGAGUGUAGUGAGGGUGUUUACCCACAAGGGUCAAGGCCAGCUUAAAGAAGUGAAGACAUUCACUCUCCUAUCCGGUGGCUUCUCCCUUACCUGCUGCUGUAGCUGUGUGCCACAGAACACCUUCUAUGCUGGAAACAAGAACGGAGAGAUCCACGCGUGGGAUUUAGAUAACAGUGCUUUCCUCAACAGUUUCAUGGCCCACCCCUCAUCCGUGAUAUCCAUCCACAGUCGGCCUGAGACCUUCACCUUAUUCACAGCAGGCAGCGAUGGUAUGUUGAAGGAGUGGAACCUCACCUCGGGGAACUUACUGAGACAGGUGGAUGUCGGCACAGAUCUGCAGCAGCUGCGAUUUAUUGAUAACAGCACAUUUUUCUGCCAGAGCACGUCUGGUUUCUCCUUGUACUUACUGCCCCAUUUUUACAACCUCUUCAACAUCUGCGGCUCUGCCCCUCAGAAGAUACAACGGGUCUCCUGUGGCCAUAACUGUACUCGUAUCCUGUGUGCCACAGAGGACGGCUUGCUGCGUUUCCUGUCUCCGGUAACCGGGGACCUCCUCAUUGUAACCUGGCCCCUGCUUGCCAUGGAUAAGGCUGUGGCUUGGGCCUAUCACUCAGAGAGAGAGGAGCUCUUUGUGGCAAUCGGCAGCGCAGAGUUGCUAGUGUUUGAUGCCACACGUUCCCCGUGUCCAGCCAAAUAUCUCCUGGGCACUUCGGAAAACUACAAAGACAAAAUAAAAUGCCUGGCUUACGGUGGGUCUCAUUUGGUUGACAGUAAAAAGGGGUUGAUGUUCUGUGGGCACGAGAGCGGCAUUGUGAGAAUCCUAUCCCAGGACUGUUCUGCCCGGACAGAGAAAUCUGUGCACUCUGGGCCAGUGUUGGCGUUAUGCACGCCAGAGGGCUUUGAAGAAAGUCCCUUGGUGUGUUCCUAUGGUAAGGACAACUACAUACACCUCACAAAAGCGGUGCAUUCCGAGAGGAGCAUGGACUUGCAGCCUGUGUCUGCAAUCUUCUGCGCUUAUCCCUUAAAACAUAUGGUACUCUUGCCAGGUUCUGUGGGGGCCAUCACCGAGCACUCCUGCUGGUUUCUCUGGCGCUAUCAAGAUGUUUCAGAAGCAGCAUCGCAGUCUAGUGUUAUGACGAGACACACGACCUCACUGCAUGAAUGUGCUAUCACUUCAUUUGAUAUCUGCCUCUCCCUGAAACUCUUUGUCACAGGAGCCACGGAUGGAUCAGUUCGGGUCUGGGACUUGCGUGGGAAACUCAUAACCCAGUUUGAAUCUGAACUGCAUUUUAGUUCACCCUGCUUCGCCAAUAGUCGAGGUGACCUGCUCUUGACUUUCAACCAAAGCAUCUACAUAGUAUCCUGCCUAAAGUUGCUCCCCCCCAACUACCUGUUCAACCUAAGCACUUUAACCUUCGAAGAAGAUAUACUGGAGACCCCAAAGCCCUUCCUCCCCAGCUUUUUCUUCCUCUUCGAGUUGAUAUUUGUCCCCAAAUUCAUGUACAUGGAGCAAAGUGUCCAAGAACUCCAGGGGCUAGAGACCCUCAUCAACAAACGGGCCAUCGCUUUUGAUGACAUUGUGCCCCACGUUGUAGAGGAGGGCAGACAUACAUCCACCAUGACUCAAGAGAGACCUGGGUUGUACUAUGCACAGGAGAAAUAUGUUGAUUUCGCCACUUCUGACACCAAGCUGAAGUACCCAGAUGCCGUCGCUGCUCAGUUACAGGUACCUGGCUGGGAUGGGCUGAACUCCUACCGGAUACUCCAAGGCUUCUUUGGCAAAGGGCACAAAUGGCCCUUUGCUCCAGAUUGCUACAUCCCUAACUCAGUGAUCCGUGCCCGCCUUUGGCCUGAUGGUACCCCGGUCUUCCUACGCUAUGAUCUGUGCUUAUCGUAUGAAGAAAUGAUCGAAGAGAUACCCGAGAUAUUAAGGAUCCACCCAGCGCCAUCCCUGAGUCCAGAUGAUAUGGAAAUGCGAACCAAGAAACUGAAGGAUAUAUACCAGGAGCAGAAGAGAGAAUCUUAUGGCAUCCUCGAAAGAAUGUCAGACAAGAGCUGGAUAGGGAAAAAGUUUAGUGACGGAAUUAUAGAAAAUCUGGUAGAGACCAUUCUCAACCUCACAGUUUUCUGUUCUACGGAAAAAUACAGGAAGUAUUUCACUGCUCUGGCCGAGAUUUUUGCCACUCACCAAGUCCCUUCGAGGAUGCGAAUCGAGACAGCCUGUCGCCUGCUCAAAGAUAUAACGCACUACAAUGCCAGCAUCCGGGAGCUGGCCUGGGAAAUGCUAGAGAGGUUAGGCUUCAUCAGCCAGGUUUUUACUGUGCCCCUGAUCAUGGGAUUGAUGGACAGUGAGAAGGCUGUGCGGGCCAAGGUCGUGCAACUUUUGUCCAAAUACACAGGCAUCCAAAGCAAGGCUAUGUUGUUACACCAGCUAAGACAACCACAUGUCUACCGCGAAUUACAACAAGAAGUGUCAGAUGACUUAUCUCUAAGUCACAUCCUGAGGGUUGAGGACAAUGACUUGCAGGACCUGCGUGGCUGCGUCAAGGAGCGGCUAAAUGAAGACCUGAGCUUGUCAAACAGAGCUGGCUCCCUUCGCUUUUCUAUUGAUUUGGAGAAGGACCUGGAGAUGGCUGACAAGGAAGCAUUUAUACCUGAGCCAGGAUCGAAAAUCAUCGACGGGCUGAAGAAAAGAAAGAAACAUGUUCAGAGCAAGACCAGAAAGAUUGUUAGAAGAACCCUGAAGAUAUCCAAGAAAAUUAAAAAGACAGACUUGCAAAAGGAGCCUUUAGAGACUCCAAUUGAACAAAGAAAGAGUAGGAAAAUCAUACAAGUUGACACCAAGGAUGGCUUCUUAAUGCCAGAGCUGCCUCUCAUCACUGAGAAAACCCGGGAAGCAACCCAGGAAGCAGUGGAAGUCAAAGAGACAUUAGUAGACAAAGGGGCCUUGGGAAUCAAAGGGGCUUUGGGAGUCAAAAAGGCCUUGGCAGCCAAAGGGGUCUUGGGAGUCAAAGGGGCCUUGGGAGUCAAAGGGGUCUUGGGAGUCAAAGGGGCCUUGGGAGCUGAAGAAGUCUUGAGAGGUGAAGAGACUUUGGGAGCCAAAGAAGCCCUGGCAGCUGAAGAGGCCCUGGCAGCUGAAGAGGCCUUGGGAGCUGAAGAGGCCUUGGCAGCCUUGGGAGCCACAGACAAGGAUGCGGCCUUAAAGCCAAAAACCCAGACUUACUUAAAAAAGCCUUUGAAAAUGGAAAAAGAAAAGAUAGCACAAGAGGAGUCAAAAGAGGAUGUUUCAGAGAUAGAGGCUAAAGCACUUAAAGCACUCCAAGAGAAAUUACCACCUCCUGCUGAGCUAGAGAAAGAACCUGUAAAGCCCAGUCGUGGAAUAGCAGGGAUUCCUGGUCGUAUGGUCUCUCGCCAAGAGAGGAAGUCUUGGCGAGAGGAUAUUUGCCACCUUGUCACUUCAAGAAUAGCGAGUUCUCAUCCAGGGAUGGAAAGGGACCUGGGCAAAGAACUGGAGGAUUUGGCUGACAUGGUGCUCACCGACCAACCCAGCUGGGAUCUCUUCACAGACCUCUGUCCCUGGAAAAGGAUCUCACAUCCAAUACCAUCAGAGUCUGAGGUCUCUGGGCAUGGGCGACAUGUCCGUAAAAGAAAGGCGCCUAAGAAAGGUAUAAAGAGGGAAGUUACAACAGCUGCAGAUCAAGAGGAAAUAAGCACGCAGAAGAAACGGGAUAUUUCUCCAAAAGACAAGACAAAGAGGACAGAUUUCUCAGACAGUCGCAGGAUCUUAGAGAGAAAGAAGCCUAAAGCAACAGCAAAAAAACAAGGCAAAAUAACAGAGGAAAUAAUUGAAGACAACAAGGAGUUGACAAAACUCGAAGAGAAAAAGAGAUCGGUCAAGAAGGACAAGGGGAAGUUAAUCAGAGAGGAAGAGAAACCAACCCAUCCAGUGGAGGAACCAGAGGAGCAGGAGACGCUAAUCACAGAGGAGGAGAAACCAGUGCAACCAGAGAAGAAAACAAAGGAGAAGGGAAAGCUAAAGUUAACCACAGAAGAAGAGAAAUUAACCAGUCCAGAGGAGGAACCAGAGGAGGAAGCAGAGGAGCAACCAGAGGAGGAACCAGAGGAGGAACCAAAGGAGUGGAGGAAGUUAAUCACAGCAAAAAUGAAACGAAUACAUCCAGAGGAGGAAGCAAAGGAGAAAGGGAAGUUAAUCCCAGUGGAAAGGAAGCCAUCCCACCCAGAGAAGGAAGCAGAGGAAGAGUUAAUCACUUUGGAAGAGGAGUCCGCCAGUCCAGAGGAGGAACCAGAGAAGGAGAAGAGGAUGAUAAUCGCAGCAAAAGUGAAACCAACCAGUCCAGAGGAGGAAACCAAGAAGGAGAAGGCGAAGAUAACGACAUUGGAAGAGGAUUCAACCAUUCCGCAGGCGGAACCAGAGAAGGAGAAGAGGAUGUUAAUCCCACCAGAAAGGAAGCCAACCUCCCCAGAGGAAGAAACAAGGAAGGAGAAGUCAAUCACAUCAGAAAGGAAGCCAUCCCAUCCAGAGGAGGAAACCAGGAAGGAAAGGAGCAUGUCAGUCAUAUCAGAAAGGAAACCAACUCAUCCAGAGGAGGAAACCAAGAAGGGGAAGUUAAUCCCACCGGAAGAGAAAUCAACCAGGUCAGAGGAACCAGAGGAGAAGAGGAAGUUAAUCAUAGCAAAAAAGAAAUCAACCCUUCGAGUGGAGGAAACAAAGAAGGAGAAGGGGAAGUCAAUAUCAGAAAGGAAACCAGCCCGCCCAGAGGAGGAAACAAAGAAAGGGAAGUUGAUCCCAUCAGAAACGAAACCAGCCCGCCCAGAAGAGGAAACAAAGAAAGGAAAGUUGAUCCCAACAGAAACGAAACCAGCCCGCCCAGAGGAGGAAACAAAGAAAGGGAAGUUGAUCCCAUCAGAAACAAAACUAACCCGCCCAGAGGAGACACUGACACGAAAAAGGAAACACCCAAAGAAAAAGGAAGUGCUGAUUGUAAAAGGCAAGGAAGUAUUUGAGGGAAGAAAAGAGAGGCCAAUUCUACAAGAUAAGAAAGAGAGAUUACAGAGUAAGAAAGAGGAAAGUCAGUUCCAGGAAAAGGAGGAGGAGAUCAAACGGAAAAAGCAGUUGGUUCAGGAAGACGAGAAAGUGAUGUUUAUGAAAGAGGGUAUUCCGAGAGCCAAGGAAAGAUUGAGGUUAGGAAAAGGAAAGCCAGAAAUAACCCGAACAGAAGAUCAAAGUAAGAAAAAGCAAGGAAAAUUACUCCAGCAAGAGAGGACAUUAUCCGGUAGAAUCCAGCAGAAGCCUGUUGCUCAGUUUAGGGGAAAACCCAGAGAGGAAAUACAGCCAGCAGUUAAGGAACAGGCUGCAGAAAGCAGGGUUCCUCUUAAAGAGAUAAACGCUGGGGCCAAGGACAAGCUGGGGGUAGCUGGGAAGCAGAUGUUGAGGGUCCUGGCUGGGAUGCUUAGAAAACUACGUUCAAUGCCUUCUGAGAAGACAGAUAUGCCAGAAGAAGAGAGGCUAUCCAUUACGAGAAUUUAUGAUCAUGAAGGGGAAGUACUUAAGGAACAGGAGUUGAAAACUGAAGAAGAGAGAGAGCAGGCUGGGGAAGAAGGUGAUGUGGAGACUGAGGGAGACCAGUUGGAGGAGGACUACAGGCUAUUAGAGGAGUACAAGGAAGAUUUCCUGGAUAGAGCCCAGGUGGAGACACUGUUGAAAAGGUUCCAGGAGGCAGAGCUCUUAGGGCAAAGUCAACUGGUAGACCUUCUCAAGCACCUGGAGAUGAGCACGCUGGGAAAGAUCCCACUGAAGACACUGAUAGAGAAUAUCAAAGAAUGGGCUGAGAUGGAAAUGGAGGAAGGCUUGACUUACCCAGAAGGAGAAGGGGUCAGACUUGAUGAAGAGGACUCACAGAAACUGACUGAGGAACAGAGGAAAAGGAGGAUGAUCCUAAAAGGGAAUCGGGAAAAGAGGUUGGUUGAGAAGAAAAAGAGACUGGAUGCACAGGAAGACCUGGGUAAAGAGAAGGAGGAACAAUUCACCCAGGAAGAAUUGGGGCACCCCGGAAAGGAAGACAAGGCCAGGGUACGAGAGGAAGAGAUUCUAAGUGAAGAAGAAGAGAGCCUGGUCCAGGAAAGCCUGAGAGAGGCAAUCCAAAGUGGAGAAAUCUUGAGCAGCCAGAAAAUGAAAAUGCCAGUUGAGGAAAAGCUAAGGGAUGAGGAAUGGAGUCUCAGUGACGUCGAGAGCCUCAGUGAAGUCGAGAGUCUCAGUGAAGUCGAGAGUCUCAGUGAAGUCGAGCGUCUCAGUGAAGUCGAGAGUCUCAGUGAAGAGGAACUGAGUCUCAGUGAAGAGGAACUGAGUCUCAGUGAAGAGGAACUGAGUCUCAGUGAAGAGGAACUGAGUCUCAGUGAAGAGGAACUGAGUCUCAGUGAAGAGGAACUGAGUCUCAGUGAAAAGGAAAGCCUGGAGAAGGAAAGAGCGAUGAAAUUAGGCUCCAAACAACCAACGGAAGAUGAGAAUCUUGCUGGGGAAAAGGAAGGUAUCGCUGGAUGGCAAACAUUUCUGAGGGAUGAGGGCUUGCUUGACAUGGAUAGAGAUUCUAGAUUCAUGGGCAAAAGUCACUUAAUAGCAUCCCAGAGGUCCCCACAAGGGAAAUUGGGACUAUUCCUAAAAGAGUUGAAGAAAAGAUGGGAGGAUAGAUUUCUUGAAGCAGACUCCAUGGCCAGUUCACAGAGAAGUCAAGAGACUGGAACUUUGGAGGAAGACAGGAAGCGUUUUUCACAUGCUCUAGGAAUUGGCUUAAAGACUCAAAUCCCUGAGUGGCCCCACAGACCACAGCUCGAAUUACCCAUUAUCCUACAACCACAAAAGCCUAAAGGUGACAAAACAAAUUGGAUCUUGAAGAAUCAAGACAUUCCACUGGAGAAAACUAGGGAUCAGUCUGUACCUGUAACCCCUACCUCUUCCCCUAAAAGGUCACCUGAAAGAUAUCCAAGCCCGGUACAUACAGAGACACAUAUCUCAGAUGAGGGCUGGCUUAAUAAUACUCUCAGAAGGCUGAAAGCAGGAGAGCAAGUUUCCAAGGAGAGUUACCAUCAACUGCACCAGUAUCUCGGAGACUUCUCUUCACAUAGCCCCUGGGAAGGGAAACAACUUUCCACACUGAAGGCUAUUGUGCAGCACCUACAACUGAGCAGAGACUUAAGUCACACCCCACAGCCCAGUAAAGACAUUCAGACACGCUUAAAAGUGACCUCUCCAGUUAAAAGAAAAGAGGGGUGGCAGGCAUUACCCCCGGUCCAUGACCUGAAGAUAAUUUCACCCACCCAAGCUCAGAAACAAGAAGCCGUCAGCUGGGAUCAUUUGGCCCAGAUUUACAGGGAAAAGCUGGCUCUGCAGCUCUCAACUGCCGUCGAGGACACAGAGUAUCUUUAUCCCGCUAGAAGGGAAGUUCUCAGAGAUGACUAUCCCACUGUAGAUAGAAAGUCCCCGGCCGUGAUGUUCAAGGACUUCCCAGACUUGAGGGAGAAGAUACAGAGCCCCACAUUUUCCAGGAGAGGGAAGACAGUGACUAAGUCUGGACCAUUGUUACCACUGAUUGCCAGUAGGGCUACAGACUCAAAGGGGGUAAAUUGGGAACUCUUCAAUGAGUCACAUAGAAGCACCCGUAGGCAGCAGUUAGUGGAUUCUCUCAAAGAGAUUGACAUGCGACAAUUUUACCCUGCCCAAAGAGACAUUCUCACGGGGGCCCAUGCAUCUGUAGACAGACAAACUUUGGCACUGGUGUUUCAAAAGGAAUUCAAGGAUUUAAAGAAGAGAAGCAGGCACCCAAGACUGGUCAAAUUGAAGAAGACAACGGCACUCUCAGAAGAGAAAGAAGCACUACCUCCAUGGGAGACAUUUGUGGCGCUCUACCAUGUUUUGCAGAUGCUACAGCAGCGGUAUGCCAAAGACAGGGAUACUUGGAUGGAAAACUUUUACCAGCUCAUGGACCUAUAUCAGAUUAAGUCUCCACGAAUCCAGAGGUUACUGCUGGACCUGCUACUGAGCCGAGAGCCUCAACCCCAAGAGUUCGUCUCUAAAGAGGCUCUGAAGGUCAUGGAGCUAGUGCCUGGAGAACGGCUGUUCUAUCAUCUGAUUUGUGGUGGUUCCCGCAUCCCUGAUCAUUCCCUUAAGUUCUGUAAUGUGAUACCCCUCUCUGGGCAGAACAGAGUGGAUACUGUCCAACCUGUGGGCAUUGCCCAAUAUGGGUUUCUGGAACUUGCCUGGAAAAGCUUACCGCAAGUCAGUCCACACUUGGUCAAGAAGCUGUCCAUCACUGCCUCUAAUACUCACUGA